CGGCUCAUAGACAAUGUUAUUAUCUGAUAUCCGCCCCUCCUGGCUCAGCCAUUCAGCUGCACUUCAGAGAUUUCGACAUAGAGGGCGUUGAAUUCACUGAUUACUGCUAUUUUGACUACUUAGAAAUAAGGGAUGGAGACAAUAGUAAUUCAUCUUUAAUUGGAACCUAUUGUGGAGAUCCAACUAGAACACCAGAACCUAUAAUAUCAAUGUACAACUACCUCUGGAUGAAGUUUGUCACCGAUGGAUCUGUACAUAACAGGGGAUUUCUACUUAACUACACAACAGUUGAUAUAUCCUGUGGUGGAAUUCUAAAAUCUAGAUCUGGAAUAAUAUCCUCCCCUGUAAACUCAGAACAGUAUCCACAUGGAGCCAACUGCAGAUGGAUUAUUUCUGCUCCGUCUGGAAUGUUGAUUCGUAUCUCUUGGCUGUCAUUUCUACUGGAGGAGUCCCCAGGCUGUAGAUUUGAUCAUGUUUCAGUUUAUGAUAAUUCUUCUCUUGCUAAUACAGGUGGGUUGGUUGGUAAAUAUUGUGGAUCUGUAAACCCUCCUGAGAUAACCAGCUCAAGUAAUAUCAUGUCUGUCAUUUUUACCAGUGAUUCUUCAAUAUCCCAUGAUGGAUUCACAGCAUCCUAUAUCAUGCUCAAUUCUUCUACAUUCUGCGGAGGAAACUUUUACACACAGACCGGGGUUAUCAGAUCUCCAGGUUGGCCGGCAGAGUAUACGCACUCCAGGGAUUGUAAGUGGAUUAUUUCUGUAGCAAAUGGACAGCAAAUAUUGCUCAAUGUGACAACCUUCCAACUUGAAACACAUAGAGAUUGCCGAUAUGAUUUCCUGGAAGUAAGGAAUGGUGGUACAGAGAACUCUCCUCUGAUUGGUAGAUAUUGUGGAAACAGAAUACCCUCCUCAAUACCUUCCUUUACUAAUCAACUCUUCCUCAGGUUCAAAUCCGACAGAUCCAUGUCAGCCCAAGGAUUUGAGAUUUUGUGGGAUGGAGCCAGCACAGGAUGUGGGGGGCGUUUAACAAGUCCAACUGGUUCAAUAACAAGUCCAAACUAUCCCCAGAGUUAUCACCACAUGGCUGAAUGCUUCUGGAGCAUACAUGUGAGCAAGGGAAGCAGGAUUCAGAUCACUAUUGCAGAUAUAGAUCUAGAGGCGGGAUCAUGUACUGCUGAUUAUAUCAGGAUUUAUGACGGAGUAAAUUCAAGAGCAAAUAGCUUAGGAACAUAUUGCUCUGGUGCUCCAAUCAUUAUAACUUCAACAUUCAAUAUUGUUUACAUCAAGUUCAGAUCAGACUUCUCAUUUGCAGGCAGAGGCUUUCAAUUGACAUACUCAACCCUUUGUAAAAAUGAGGUUUCUGGUUUUUCUGGAGUUAUUGAAAGCCCAAACUUUCCGCUUCCGUAUCCUCAUGAUCGUAACUGUUCCUGGACUAUAUCUGCUCCAAGAGGAAGCAAAGUUAACAUUACAUUUUCUAACUUUGAAUUGGAAGAUCACGCCAGAACUGGAAAUUGUUCCUAUGACUACUUAAAGAUAUCUGAAAGAUCCUCCACAAGUAUGAAUGAAGAAGGUCAAAGCUUAGGAAGAUUUUGUGGGACUGAAGUUCCAUCCAAAAUCAGCUCAGCAUUGGAUCGUGUUACCGUGGAUUUUGUCAGUGAUAUAAAUGUUUCUCACAAUGGAUUUAGACUUGAAUGGAUUGUUGAUGGCUGUGGUGGUAAACUAUCUAAACCUUCAGGAACAUUCUCAACACCAAACUAUCCACAAAACUAUCCAUCAGGCAUUGAAUGUAUCUGGAGUAUUGAAGUAGAAUUUGGAUCUAAAAUAGAAUUAAAUAUAACUGAUUUUCAGUUAGAAGCCCAUGACAGUUGUGAAUUUGACUUUCUGGCUGUGCAUGGGGGAGCCGAUGAAUCUUCAACUCAACUUUUGAAAUUGUGUGAUUCCCAUACUACCAAUACUGUAGUCACUAGUUUUGGAAACAAAAUGUUUGUAAAGUUUUCCAGUGAUCAAUCAAGAUCAUCUAAAGGAUUCAUUGCAUCUUAUGCCACAAGACCUGGCGGUUGCGGUGGAUUAUUGAGAGGAAAACAAGGAGUUAUUCUUUCCCCCAAUUAUCCGAACAAUUAUGAUCCUCAUGACGACUGUGGUUGGUUGAUUGAAGUUGACCAAAAUCAUGUUGUCAAACUUACCUUUGAAGAUUUUGAUGUGGAACCACAUCAGAACUGUAGCUUUGAUCAUGUUGCAGUGUAUGAUGGAAACUCAACAGAUUCCCCUCUUCUUCUUUUGCAUUGCGGGCAAAACUUACCAGAUCCCAGUGUAAUAUCCUCUUCUGGAAACCAAAUGUAUUUACGUCUUAAAGCAGAUGAUAGUAUUUCGUCCAAGGGCUUUAAGGCAAAUUUUACAAAAGGUUGUGGAGCAAGAAUCAUAACAGAUGGUGAGGGUGAACUAACUUCUCCUGGCUAUCCAGGAUUCUGGGCUGAAAAUGGAAACUGCAGUUGGAUCAUUCAAGGUUCUCAAGAAACAGAUAGAGUUACACUUCACAUAACAUACAUGGAUUUAGACCAGCCAGAAAACUUUGGAAACUGCUCUGAUGAGGUUGGUAAUCUGGAGGUAAGAGACGGAGAUGACAAUGAAGCUCCCCUGAUUGGUCGAUACUGUGGCAUGACGAUUCCCCCCAGUAUAACAUCUCAAGGAUCUACUAUGUAUAUUCAUAUUAGGAAUAAUGUUUGGGGCCGAAGCAUUCUGUAUUCACAGCACAAUACUUUUCAGCGAUUCAGAGCAAUUUACACAGUUGAAGAUACUGCAUGUGGAGGUUCUAUUUCAUCAACAAGUGGACGAUUUGCAUCGCCCCAGUUUCCUAACAGCUAUCCUUUAAGUGUAGAAUGUAUUUGGACAAUAAAUGCACCAGCAGGCAACAGAAUAUUCCUAACAUUUAAUCAGCUUGAUUUAGAGGAAAGUGAGAAUUGUAAUAAAGACUAUGUUGAUGUAUUUAUUGGCAGUCCUGAUGGGGAGCAUGUUGGAAGGUACUGUGGCACAUCAUUGCCUUCUGAAAUUCCACCUGCCAACAAGUACUGGAUAAAGUUCAAUUCUGACGAUUCUGAUGUGGGUCGAGGUUUCAUAGCAGAAUUUCAUACCCAGUAUGGAGGAAACCUAAAUGGUACAUCUGGAGAAAUUGAAUCAGUUGAUUAUCCACAUGUUUAUUUAAAUAUGCAUGAUGCCAUUAUACCCUGGACCAUAACGGUUGCAGAUGGAAGUAUAGUUGAAGUCUCUUUUCUUGAUUUUGAGAUGGAGUCUUACUCUGAAAACCAUUGUACUAACACCCUUUCAGUCCUUGAUGGCUUGACAGUAGAUUCACCAGUGCUCUACCAAGGUUGUGGGUCUAUGCUGCCAAAUACAGUAAGAUCAUCAUCAAACACAGCCAUUGUUGUUUGGUCAAUAUCUAGCUAUGCUAUGUUUGGCUCAAAAUUCAAGUUGAGAUGGAGGGAAACAGCAUUAUCUAGUAGGAGGCUUAUUUCAACUGGUAAUACUUCUUCCUGUGGAGGGAACAUUGUGUUAGAUCCAACGGGUAAUAGAACUAUUCUGGCUAGUCCAGGGUAUCCGGAAAAUUAUGAAAAUAACCUGAAUUGUGACUGGGUUGUUCAGACAUCAGAAGAUAUGAGAAUAAAGAUGACAAUCCUCUAUUUAAGCUUAGAAUCCUCUACAAGAUGCUCAUUUGACAGACUUGAAGUAUAUGAUGGUAUGUUUGGUCUUCAACGAUGGAACAAAACUGGUGUAUACUGCAUGCGUUCCCAAAUGAGGACAGUUUAUUCCACUGGUGCUUUUAUGAAAAUAUCCUUUAAAACUGAUAGAUCUAUUGGUAGAAAGGGAUUCCGAGUUAGUUUAGAAUCUGUUUGUGGAGGAUAUCUGACAUCUCCUCGGGGUAGUUUAAUAUCUCCAGGAUACCCAGGAAACUAUCCGCCGAACCUCAACUGCCAAUGGAUUAUCAGAAUGCGUCCCUCUACCCUAGUGCAGUUCCAGUUUGUGGAUAUGCAGGUUCUCAGUUCUACAGAUGAGUGCGGAGAUGAUUAUCUUAUUAUAAGGAAUGGAGAGAGGAGAACCUCCCCUUUCUUUCUUAUAAACCCACACCAGGGCACUGAACAGAACGGCCAUAUUUGUGGCAGUUUCCUUCCUGCUACACAGAACACAUCUUCAAAUUCACUUUUUAUUCAAUUUAUUACGGACAGCGCCACAAGCGGGAAAGGGUUUAAGCUGAGAUAUCAUGAGCUUGCUAAUGGCUGCGGAGGAAGGAUUCUUCUAACCGAAGAAGAAAAUCAAAUCGAUAUAUCCUCUCCUAACUAUCCUAACGUGCCUCCAGCGCAAACUGAGUGUAUAUGGGUCAUCUUGGGCCCAGCAGGUCGCAGGAUAUUCAUGGAUAUUAGUAACCUGGAUACACGGCCUUCAGUAAGUUGUUCUAUUGCGGGGUUAGAGGUGAGAGAUGGUGGAACUGAAAACAGUCCCGAAAUCGGAACAUUUUGCAGGGAUCCACCACACACCCUGGAGAGUAGGGAUUCUACCAUGUAUAUAAGAUAUUAUACAACAUCAAACUUACCAAACAACGGUUUCAAGGCAAACAUUAAAAUUGGAGACUGUGGAGGAACGAGGUAUCUAAGUAAGACAGGAACUAUAACCCUAUCUAGUCCUGGGUAUCCGGCUCAUUAUGACAAUAAUCUGAACUGUGUCUGGAACAUCAUAGGCCCAGCAGGUCACUUCCUUAUAUUUAAUCUCAUUGCUCUGAAUCUACCAAGGAUGAGAAACUGUUCAGAAACAGAUUAUUUACAAAUAAAGGAUGAGAAUAGUACUGAACCAGUUUUGCAAACGUACUGCGGGAACCAGGCGGGAGGAAGCAUCGAUACAAUAACAAACACAGCUCAAGUCAUUUUCAGAUCAGAUGGCCUAGGUCAGGAAAAGACUGGGUUUCUUCUAAAAAUUAAUGCCAGCGUAGAAGAGUGUGGAGGUAUACUGGAGGGUAUGACCGGUACACUAAGAUCUCCAGGAUAUCCCAAUGGUUAUCCGCAUGCUCAUAUCUGUCAGUGGGUCAUCAAGGCAGAGAGGGGUCGAAAAGUACGACUGACUUUCCAAGAUUUUGAUCUUGAAGCACCGUUAGCCAGAAUUGGAUCCAAUUCUUCUCAGUGUGUUUAUGACUUCCUUCAGGUGUUCAGUGGUGCAGAACAAGCAUUGGGUACAACUGCAUUUCCUAGAAUACCUGUAGGAGGAACGAGAAGGUGUGGAGCAGUUUUACCCGACCCUGUCUCCUCAUCAGGAUCUAGCAUGAGG